UUGCAGGUUCUGUCUAUUAAGGUCAUCCGCAACAAGAUAACUGGACUUCCAGAAGGUUAUGGAUUUGUAGAGUUCGUUUCUCAUGCAGCAGCUGAGAGAAUAUUGCAGACAUACAAUGGUUUGCAGAUGCCUGGAACAGAGCAGACUUUUAGGCUUAAUUGGGCUUCUUUUGGCAUUGGUGAAAAGCGGGGAGAAGGGCCUGACCAUUCCAUUUUUGUUGGUGAUUUGGCACCAGAUGUCACCGAUUACUUGCUGCAAGAAACAUUCCGUUCUCAGUAUCCAUCAGUUAGAGGCGCCAAAGUGGUAACAGAUCCUAAUACUGGUCGUUCAAAGGGUUAUGGUUUUGUUAAAUUUGCUGAUGAGAUAGAAAGGAAUCGAGCAAUGACUGAAAUGAAUGGAGUUUAUUGCUCAACCAGGCCAAUGCGCAUUAGUGCAGCCACACCAAAAAAGACUACUGGGAUUCAGCCAACAUAUACAACUGUUAAAGCCGCAUAUCCAACGCCAGUUUAUGUUGCACCACAGUUGCCCCCAGUUUUGCCUGACAGUGACAUCACAAAUACAACUAUAUUUGUUGGUGGAUUGGAUCCUAAUGUUGCAGAAGAAGAACUAAGGCAGAUAUUUGCACAAUUUGGUGAGCUUGUCUAUGUUAAGAUCCCAGGAGGAAAAGGGUGUGGCUUUGUACAAUAUGCUGCAAGGGUUUCUGCUGAAGAUGCCAUUCAGAGGGUGCAUGGAACCAUGAUUGGUCAACAAAUUGUCAGGCUCUCGUGGGGUAGAAGCCCAACAAGCAAGCAGGAUUCAACCGGUGCCUGGAUCCCACAAGCAGACCCUACACAAUGGGCAAAUGCAUACUAUGGCUAUGGCUACGAUCCAUAUGCUUAUGGGGCAGCUCAAGAUCCAUCCGCAUAUGCAUAUGGUGCUUAUGGAGGAUAUGGACAAUAUCCUCAACAGGUUGAAAGCGUAUCAGAUGUAGCAUCCAUGACUGCUGCAAUUCCUACCUUGGAACAAAGAGAAGAAACUUACGAUCCUUUGGUUAUCCCCAGUCCUGACAAGUUAAAUGCGGGUUACUUUGCUGUUCAUGGAAAUGUAAUACUGGGACGGACCUUAUGGUUGAGAAACUCACCACUAUCUCAACAUGCUUAGCUUUGAACUCUCAUUCCCCUAUAUUCCUUAUUAGAGCUUGAAAUUUUGUGGCUGAGAUGGUUCUAAAUGCUGGUUAACUUACCGUUCAUAUAAAUGUCCUGUGAAAGCUAACGUUCCAGAAACUUCUAUUUUUUAUUUCUUAUUCGGACUUGGCAUUUGUGUAGGUUGAGGGUGGUACAGAAUACUCAGAUUGAUCGUGAACAGUGUUGUUGAAACUGUAAGCCUUACAUGUAAUUAUACCUUUUUAUUUGUUGAUUUAGGCUUCGUUUGGGA